AAUGUAAUUUCGUUCCCGCACACAGUGCUCUGCAGGCUUUUGUGCCAAAGUCAUAUUAACCCCUUGACUAGUUAAUAUGCACCGCACGACGUGGCCCACGUGCCAUGAAUAUUCAUAAUGAUGGCGGGGAUUUUUUCCGGUGUCGUCUGAUCUGCUCCAAGUUCCCUCCCGUCCUCACCGUUUAACGUAACCCCGUGAUGGAGGCCGUUAUGAAAGCUUCCCGGAAGUGUCCCCCGUACUCGGGCUCCUUUCCUCAAACUCUCAGAAACUGCGCAGGGCUGAUUCUGGUGUACGUGUCACUCCUCGCCGCCGACAGAAUGACAGAUAAGACUGUGCUGCCGGACAGAGAGCGGUCUCUGAAGGGAAGGGAGGAGAGAAUGGUCGUAGCAGACAAGCAUGCAGUUAAUGGGAAUCCCACCGUGGAGCCUUUUCCACAAGGCAUGGAAACCAUCAUGUUUGGAAUGGGUUGUUUCUGGGGAGCUGAGAAACUGUUCUGGCAGCUUCCUGGAGUCUUCUCCACCCAGGUGGGGUUUGCCGGGGGAUUUACACCCAACCCGACCUACAAUGAAGUCUGCACAGGUCUGACAGCCCACACCGAGGUGGUGAGGGUGGUCUUCUCCCCUCAAGACAUCACCCUUGAGGAGCUCCUCAGACACUUUUGGGAGAACCACGAACCAACACAAGGUAUGAAGCAGCACAAUGAUAACGGUACUCAGUAUCGUUCGGCCAUUUAUACAUCCAGCCCUGCUCAACAGGACACUGCACUGAAGAGCAAAGAGGCCUUCCAGAAGGAGCUGGACAAGAAAGGCUAUGGUCCCAUUACCACUGAGAUCCUGGAGGGACAGCAGUUUUACUACGCUGAGGACUACCAUCAGCAGUACCUGAAGAAGGUGCCCAAAGGCUACUGUGGCCUGAAGGGCACCGGCGUUUCUUGUCCCAUUGGAGGCAGCAAGGAUGAGCUGUGAGGGCGUAUGGUGACAAACACACAACAACUAAAACUCUACUGAUCCAACAAGGAAAAUUGUUGUUUCCCAUCAGCCAAGAUCAAUAAAGUGAAGCAACAUCUCUAAGAAAUGUUUAGUUAAUAAUACAAAAUAAAGUAUAGGACAUUUAAGAUUUAUUUAUCAUAAGUAUUUUCAGAUUUGUGUAAAUGUGAUGCUUUAAAACACUAGAAUAAAGUAAAGAAAAAUAAAUAUAUAAAGCAGU